UGAUACGCGACCCGCGCGCGCAGUGGUCGAGUUUUAACGUCAGUCUCGCACGUUGGCGUCUUGAAAACGGAUAGUCGGGCACCUGACGCUCGUCCGUGCCGCUGCAAGCGAAUGGAUAAUAAUCCGACACAACCAAGUGCGUCAAGUUUCUCUGUUCAACGUUGUGAAUUGUGCGGUGCGACGCGGUGUUGCGAUGCCGUCGUGUUCUCCGAUGGUUCUGUGAAUCGUGAUCGGUGGUGUGCACUGUGCAGUUUGUGCCGAGCAAUGCUCUGACCGGUGAUACAGGUCGUCGGUUAAACCUGCGUGCCGUGAGCUUGCGUCUCUCUCUCUCUCUCUGUGUGUGUAUGUGUGUGCGUGCGUGCGUGCCUCGAAACCUUCCUUACGCACAUUUUAUCGCGUGAUUGGAUCCGCUGUGCGUAUAUUUAUAGAAAAAAGGAGAACCCCUUAUCGGACGAAACCGCUUUCCCUCUAACCAACGGAACGGAGGAUGUAUCCAAGCGCCGGGAUCAACGCGGCAGCUGUUGCCGCGGCAGCUGCCCGUCAUCCGGGACCCCCCCAGCCUGGACAACCUUUCAAAUUCACAGUUGUAGAAUCGUGCGACAGGAUAAAGGAAGAGUUCAGCUUUCUCCAAGCACAAUAUCACAACAUUAAAAUGGAGUUGGAGAAAUUGGCUCAGGAGAAGACAGAAAUGCAGCGGCACUACGUCAUGUACUACGAGAUGUCGUACGGACUCAACGUGGAAAUGCACAAACAGACGGAGAUCGCGAAGAGACUGAACGCCAUAAUCGUCCAGAUUCUUCCGUUCCUCUCGCAGGAGCAUCAGCAGCAAGUAGCGACGGCGUUGGAAAGGGCGAAAACAGUAACCAUGACGGAGCUCAACACAAUCGUGGGGCAACAGAGGCCCGACAUUCCCAGACUUCUUCAGCAAAUGCAGGCCCAGCAAUUGCCUCCCAGUGCAGCGAUGGGACCUCACCCCGGAUUGCCUGGGCUUCCCGGCCUCGGCCCGGGUCCGGGAAUCCCCGUGCCAACUUCCGCCUCAGCCGCUCUGCUCCAGGGUUUGGGUCUGCCUCCGGUGGCCGGAGCGGCGCCCGGAGGAAGCGGCGGUCACCCUCUCUCCAUCCUUGGGAAGUCCGAUCAUCAUCGAGGUCAGCCAGACGAUAUGAAGAGCAACGGUGGAAUGAGUUCCGCCGAGGAGAGACACAGAAGUUCCAUAUCGCCUGGGGACAAGUACAGUCGGCCCAGGAGUCCACCUGACCAGCAUCAUUCCCACCACUCUCAGAACCACCACGAGCACCAGAUGCACGUUAAGAAGAUGAAGAAGGAACAAGAAAAAGACAUGGCCCACCAGAGUGACGGUGAAAAGAGUGACCAGGACCUGGUGGUCGACGACGCUAGCGAAGGUCCCGUCAGCCCAGCAGUAAACGGCACGUCUUCGCCGCGAGAAAAUGGUCUCGACAAAAUCGGCUCGUCCUCGGUCCCGAUGGGCGGCCAGGUGAAGAAGGAGGCCCCACCGCACUCGCCGAGGAGCGGUACGAGCAGCAACGCCAGCACACCGUCGGCCAAGAAGAUGGACGACAGAGAGAAGACCACGACACCGAUAUCGAAACCUAUGACCCCAACCUCCGGCUCGGGCGGCGGAUCGAAACCCUCUGGAUCGGGGAAAAUGAUGCAGGGACCGCCGUCCGGAGUUCCCGGCGCUUAUCCCCCGCACUAUCCACCAGGACCGCCGCCUCAUCACCUUCCCCCGACCGCUCAGCAUCCCCACGUCGACAUGCUGGGGUACAACGGGUAUGCGGCGCCCAGACCGCCACCGCAGCAGCUCUACGAUCCUCACGGGGGAAUGCGAGCGCCGAUGGGAUCGUUGGGAGUGCCUGGUGGCAAGCCGGCGUACAGUUUCCACGUUUCCAGUGAGGGUCAGAUGCAGCCGGUCCCUUUUCCCCCGGACGCCUUGAUCGGUCCCGGCAUACCUAGGCAUGCGCGUCAGAUAAACACUCUGACGCACGGUGAGGUCGUAUGCGCCGUGACGAUAUCGAAUCCCACCAAGUACGUCUACACCGGAGGCAAGGGGUGCGUCAAGGUCUGGGACAUCGGGCAGGGUGGUAGCGGAAACGUGAAGCCCGUCUCGCAGCUCGACUGCCUUCAGAGGGACAACUACAUCAGAUCGGUGAAGCUCCUACCGGAUGGUCGGACUUUGAUAGUCGGCGGGGAGGCGAGUCAGCUCAGCAUAUGGGACCUGGCGAGUCCCACGCCCCGCAUCAAGGCCGAACUCACCUCGUCAGCACCGGCCUGUUACGCAUUGGCUAUCUCCCCGGACUCCAAGGUCUGCUUCAGCUGCUGCAGCGACGGAAACAUCGCGGUCUGGGACCUCCAAAACCAGACGCUUGUCCGACAGUUCCAAGGACACACGGACGGCGCUUCGUGCAUUGAUAUAUCCGCCGAUGGUUCGAAGCUCUGGACCGGAGGUCUCGACAACACCGUCAGAUCCUGGGACCUCCGAGAAGGCAGGCAACUCCAGCAGCACGACUUUACGUCCCAGAUAUUCUCCCUGGGAUACUGUCCAACCGGGGAGUGGCUCGCCGUUGGUAUGGAGAAUUCUAACGUCGAAGUCCUCCACGCAACAAAACCCGACAAGUAUCAGUUGCACCUUCACGAGUCCUGCGUCCUGUCACUCAGAUUUGCUUCCUGCGGGAAGUGGUUUGUCUCCACUGGAAAAGACAACCUUCUGAAUGCCUGGCGUACGCCCUACGGAGCGUCCAUCUUUCAGUCUAAGGAAUCGUCAUCGGUGUUGAGCUGUGACAUUUCCGCCGACGAUAAGUACAUCGUUACAGGAUCCGGUGACAAGAAAGCGACGGUCUACGAAGUGAUGUACUGAACCCAAGUAUUCCCUUGCCCACUAUAGCAUGCAUACUUGAAAAAAAAGAAGAAAAAUCUAUGAAUAACAGGUGAAAGAAAGAAAUCCUUCCAGCAAGAUCUCAAGAUGUCCGAGUCUAUUGUAAAUACACUAUUAGUUAUACAUACUAAUACAACACUUAUACAUAUAUACAUGGAUAUAAAUACUAUUAUUAAUACAACUUGACGUUACAUAUGUACAUUUUGUAUAUAAAUUACAUCAUACAUGCUAUCAUAUUUUUCUACUCCGCGGAGGUAAAUUCGAAGUGUAAAUAUUUGUUUACGUCAUACUCAUACGUCUGGACAGAACAAUGAAAAUGAUGAGAAUAAUGAUUGUGAUCAUGAUAUGAAUAAUAAAAAUAGUAAUAAU